GUGCCGGCGGCGCCGCGGGGCCCCCAUGGCGGCGGCAGCGGAGCGCACGGACGAGCUGGUGCGGGAGUAUCUGCUCUUCCGCGGCUUCACCGCCGCCCUGAAGCAGCUGGACGCCGAAAUCAAGGCGGACCGGGAGAAGGGUUUCCGGGUGGAUAAGAUAGUGGAGCAGCUGCAGCAGUUUGUGCAGAGCUACGACCUGGCUGCCCUGCGGGAUUACUGGAGUUAUCUGGACCGACGCCUCUUCAGCCGCCUGGAGGACGUGUACCGGCCAACGGUGAACAAGCUGAAAACCAGCCUGUUCAGAUACUACCUGGUCCAUGCCAUCCAGAAUGGCCGCAAUGACAAGGCGCAGGAGUUUUUCCUCAAGCAGGCCUCCGAGCUCCAGAACCAGGCAGAGUGGAAGGAUUGGUUUGUCCUGCCCUUCCUCCCUGCUCCAGACUCCAACCCCACCUUUGCUACCUAUUUCUCACGGCAGUGGGCAGAUACCUUCAUCGUGUCUCUGCACAACUUCCUGAGCGUCUUAUUUCAGUGCAUGCCAGUUCCAGUCAUACUGAACUUUGAAGCUGAAUGUCUCAGGACCAGUCUCAUACAAGAAGAAAAUGAAUCGUUGCGACAUAAGCUGUUUGCUCUGCAGGCUGAAUCCUCCCGCAUGAAGAAAGAGGAACUGGAGGUGGAGCAAACAGUUCUGCAUCACAAGUUGCCUGCAUAUGUGGCCAACAUGGAUCGACUGGGGGACUCUGAGCUUGAUAUGACCUGCAACCAGAGGAGUACAGCACAUUCUCUUCAGUCCCGGGGAGGCUUUCUGUCCUCCUUCCUCUCCCAAAGUAAAAAGGGCCCUUCCAGACCAGUCCAUUCAAGUGGGGCUUCUCCAAUGCAGGCUAGCAGUAUGCUGCUAGGGAAGAAAGAACCAACAAAUCACCAGAGUGCCAAAGGAAAAGAAGGAGCAGUGAGCUCUAAGGAUGGGAAGAGCCACUUCAGUGGUUUGGUGGCAGGCGAGUCCAGUUCCCUGCAGCAGCGGCAGAAGCGCUUGCAAGAGCACGGGAAAGAAAGGAAAGAACUGUUGUCAAAAGGGACCUUCCAGGGCCAAAGUGCUGAGAAGAAAACAGAUACUAACACAGCUGAGGCAGAACCAUGCUCAGAGCUGCAUGCUGAGCAAACAGAGACUUCAGCCAGAACGCCUGGCGGCAGUGCAGAGGCUGUGGGGGUCCGGCAGGAGCAGCCUUUCAUCGUCCUGAGCCAGGAGGAGUAUGGGGAGCACCACUCAUCCAUCAUGUACUGCAGGGUUGAUUGUUCUGGACGGAGGGUGGCCAGCUUGGAUGUGGAUGGGGUCAUCAAAGUCUGGUCUUUUAACCCCAUAAUGCAAACAAAAGCUUCAUCCAUUUCCAAAUCUCCAUUGCUGUCCCUGGAAUGGGCCACCAAGCGUGAUCGGCUGCUGUUGCUUGGCAGUGGGGUUGGUACAGUUCGUCUUUAUGACACAGAAGCAAAGAAGAAUCUCUGUGAAAUCAGCAUUGAUGAAGACAUGCCCAGGAUCCUCUCGCUUGCCUGCAGCCCAAGUGGUGCCUCCUUUGUCUGCUCUGCAGCAGCCCAGAGCCCUGUCUCCCACAUUGACUUCUCAGUAAUCAACUCUGGGGGCAAAAGCAUGAACCAAGUUCCUGGGAAGCUGCUACUGUGGGACACUAAAACAAUGAAACAGCAGCUGCAGUUCUCCCUGGAGCCUGAGCCCAUUGCCAUUAACUGCACAGCCUUCAACCACAAUGGCAACCUGUUGGUCACCGGGGCUGCAGAUGGGAUUGUUCGUCUCUUCGAUAUGCAGCAGCACGGGUGCGCCAUGAGCUGGAAGGCACACGAUGGGGAAGUCUACUCCGUGGAGUUCAGCUAUGAUGAGAACACAGUCUACAGCAUAGGAGAGGAUGGCAAGUUUAUUCAGUGGAACAUCCAUAAAAGUGGUUUGAAGGUGUCUGAGUAUGACCUUCCCAGGGAAGCUACAGGUCCUUUUAUUCUGUCUGGGUACAGUGGCUACAAGCAAGUCCAGUUCCCACGAGGGCGGCUUUUUGCUUUUGACUCUGAGGGCAAUUACAUGUUGACAUGUUCUUCUACUGGGGGAGUCAUUUUUAAGUUAAAUGGUGAGGAGAAGGUUCUGGAGAGCUGCCUUUCCCUGGGAGGACACCGAGCUCCUGUUGUCACAGUGGAUUGGAGCACAGCCAUGGACUGCGGGACCUGCCUCACUGCUUCUAUGGAUGGGAAAAUUAAAUUAACAACCUUACUGGCUCAAAAGUCUUAACCUGGACAGUACUGAAGGGGGGAAGAGCAAUAGAGAUGACAAACCCAGUGUUAACUCACAGGAACAAACUGCAUGGGAGAGAAGGCAAAAAAGUCCCUCUUCUCAGUGUAGCUUUUGCCUCUUGAUAAAUACAUUUGCCAAACCACUGUGCAACAGAAUGCCAGUAUGGGACUGGAUCAGUGGCAGCACUGAAAAAUAAGUCUCCACUAAUCCAUUGUGGCAGCUGGACUUCCUCUCUUAGGGAGUCUUGAGUAGCACGUGGCUAAAAGGCUGUGGUCACGGCUGGGUUCUGCAGAAGAAGGUGAGGCUGGAGGAAGCAAGCAUGAGGCAGCACACUGCAUGACAGUAAGAUGACUCAAACUGGAAAGGCUGAUGAGAAACCAGAGUAUUCUUGGUAUAACAUUUGUUGUUAUUAUUUUGUUAGUUUGUUUUUAUUUGGGUUUUUUUUUCUGUAAAAAGAAAAUAUUCCCUUGCAUUUGAA